AUGUCCUCUACAAGGCCUAGGGCCACACUUUUGCGGGCUCCAGUGCUUCCGGAACAAACUACACCGGAACAGCGUUACUGGAGAUCAUAUGGUGCCACACAGUUGGUGAAGGAACACAACAGUGUAACCAGCAUUGCCUUCAAUCCACAGCAGCCUAACGACUUCGCGAUAACAGCUUCUACAAGAGUUCAGCUCUUUUCUUCUCGCACUAGACAAGUCAUCAAAACCUUUUCACGGUUCAAAGACGUGGUGUAUGCUGCAAACUUUCGUCCUGACGGUAAACUUCUAGCCAUGGGAGACGCGACAGGUCUUGUCUCAGUAUAUGACUCCUAUAAUCCACGCACCCAAUUGGUGUCAAUCGCGGCGUCGUCGCAUCCCACUCAUGUUGCGAAAUUUCACCCUACGGACCCUAAAACUUUGGUUACUGCCAGUGAUGACCGUGUGGUUCGCGUUUGGGACAUUUCUCAAGCCCAGCAGCCACUUUCGGAGCUUACCGGCGCUACCGACUAUGUUCGCAGUGUUUGCAUGGUGCCACAAGCACCUCAUCUAGUUGUCACAGGGUCUUACGAUGGUUAUGUGCGCCUGUUCGACACCAGGCAAAGCUCUAACUCGAAGCCUACCACUUUGGCCCAAGGUCUGCCUGUUGAAGAUGUUGUUGCCGUUUCACCAACUCAAUUGGUCUCGUGUGGCGGGUCCAGCUUCAAAGUAUGGGAUCUAACUGCUCAAAGACAACUAUUGGAGAGAUCAAAUUUUGCUAAAACAGUCACUUCCCUCGAUCACGUUAGUCUACAAUCCGAUUCUCCUAUGAGCUCUACACUUGUAGCAUCAUCGUUAGAUGGCCAUGUAAAGGUUUUCGAUCCUCUGGACAGCUAUAAAGUCAAGUUCGGUUGGAAAUUCUCAGCUCCUGUGUUGUGCUGUGCCGUAUCUCCAGGAGACGCUCAGGGAAACAAGCAUUUGGUAGCUGGUCUUUCUUCCGGGUUGCUGGCCAUAAGAACCAAGAAGAAGGCUGCAAAGACUGGCAAAAUUGAAAUCGAAAAGGUUGCUAAGAGUAACAACUUUCAAAGGAUGAUGAGAGGUUCUGAAUACACGGGUGAUCAAGAGCAUAUAAUUCACAAUGAUAAAACCCGCCCUCAGCGGAAACUGCGGGCAUUCGAACGCCAUAUGAACCAGUUCAAAUGGUCCGAAGCCCUAGACGCAGCCUUUCUAUCCGGUAUGGCUAAAGAAUUGACACUUACUGCUUUGCACGAGCUUCGCAAGAGAGGAAAGAUUAGAGUUGCACUAAUAGGAAGAGAUGAAUCAUCUCUAGAGCCUUUACUGAAUUGGUGCUUGCGUGGUGUUGAGGACGUGAGAAGUGCCGCUGUUGUUGCCGAUUGGAUUGCAGUGGUCCUUGAACUUUAUAGCGGCCUUAUUGCUCGGUCGUCCGUAUUAGAGGAAAUGAUAGUUGCUCUCAGAUACAAGGUCAAGCAAGAAGUGCGUAGAGCUGAAGAGGCUCAAAAGAUAGAAGGGAUGUUGCAAUUACUGGUAAGUUGA